AUGUUUCGGCCGAAAUGUGUGGCUACGACCUCUCAGUCCCCCCUUGAAGGGGUGCCAGAAGAUUUCCAAGUUGCCGUUUCCAGGAGUUACUACAAGAGUGUUCAAUGGAGUGCCGAUGGAACUUGUCUAAUUGCCAACCGCUCGAGCAAUGCCAUCGAUACCUUUGUCGUACCAGUCGACCUCCUUGAAGAAGCACCUGAGCCACGAACGCUCUCCCCGUAUUGCAGCAUCCAUUCGGCAGAAUCUGUCAAGGCUGUGGUCGGAUAUCCAUUUUUCAACCUGCAGGAUCCUGCCACCACAUUGAUCUUGUCGUCCAUGAGAGAUCAUCCAAUUCGGCUGAACUCGGCUCUAACUGGCCAGCAAGGGGCGUCUUAUCCACUAGUCAAUCCCAUGACCGAGGAGUUCAUCAGUCCCCAUUCCUUGCUGUUCAGCAGUCAGGGUGAUCGUAUCGUUGCCGGUUCGGAAUCCCUGAUCUCGGUCUUUGAUGUGGCCCGUCCAGGACAGGAACCGAUCUCUUCGAUCCCCACGGGACCAAGAUGGAGAAAGGUGGUCGAGUACAAUGGCGCGGUCAACAUGCGCGGGAUCGUGUCUGCGCUUUCCGUUGAGCCCUCAACCGGCCUUCUGGCCGCUGGGACUUACAGCCGCUAUGUUGGCUUGUAUGAUUCCUUGGGCCAGGGAGACUGCGUUGGCGUCUUCUCCGUCAAAGGCACUGGCGCUGACCUGCAAAUUGGUGGAGGGGGGAUAACGCAGGUCCUCUGGAGUCCGUGCGGAAGAUAUCUCUACAUUGUUGAGCGGAAAAGCAACGGUGCCAUGCUCUAUGAUAUCCGUAAAACCGGCCAGCUUCUGGCGUGGCUGGAGGGUCGAGCAGCCAUGACCAAUCAACGGUUGGGUAUUGACCUUGUCCGCACAGGUGAUGAGGUGGCUCAUGAAAUAUGGGCCGGCGGUCUUGACGGCCUCGUCAGGAUGUGGAAGGAUCCUCAACGUAAGGAAGGCCCGAUUUCACCGACCUUCGAGUUCAAGGGCCACGAUGACGCUGUGUCGAGUGCUGUCGUUCAUCACGGAGGUGGCGUGCUUGCCACUUCAUCUGGCCAACGGCAUCUCCUCAUGGAGGACAAAGAUGCGCAAGCAGAAGAGAAAAUGAUGGAUUACAAUUUGAAAAUCUGGCAUUUAUGA